AUGUAUUUCCUUCGCUCCGCUCCUUUUUUAUUCGCCAUUACUCUCAUUUUCUUCCUAACCAUAACUACCGCAAAUGAAGACCAAAUUAAUCUCGACAAACGUGGCGUAAAACAUCAUAAACGUCAUAAACGUCAUAAACACCAUAAACACCAUAAACAACAUAAGCAUCACCUAAUUCAUCAUAAAUUUCAUUAUAAUCACAGACCUUCUCACCGUAUAAAGUAUCACCCCAAACCCAUCAAGCAGCAUAUCGAACAACCAAAACCCAAACCCAUCGAGCAUCAUAAAGAUUUACCAAAACCCAAACUCAUCGAGCAUCAUAAAGAUUUACCAAAACCCAAACUUAUCGAGCAUCAUAAAGAUUUACCUAAACCCAAACUUAUCGAGCAUCAUAAAGAUUUACCUAAACCCAAAUCAAUAAAGCAGCAGCAUGAAGAUUCUAAACAUUUUGAUAAUUCUAAUUAUCAUAAAGAUGUCACACCUUCUAAACCCAAAUCAAUAAAGCAACAUGAAGAUCCUAAACGUUUUGAUUAUUCUAAUUAUCCUAAAGAUAUCACACCUUCUAAGCAUUAUAAUGAUCCUAAGUUUUCUAAUAAUCAUAAAGUCUUAGAUCAUUCUAAUGAUUAUGAACAUCCGAACAAUCAUAAACCUAUUGUGCCUCCUGAACAUAAAACCGCUAAAUAUUCUGAAAUAGCAAAGCAUUCAGCUCCCACCAAUGCUUAUCACCAAAAGCCUAUUAAUACCAAGAAAUCAGCACCCACUAGUGCUUAUUACCAAAAGCCUGUUACUACCAAGAAAUUAGCACCUAUCAAGAAAUCAGCACCUACCAGUAAUCAUCACCAAAAACCUGUUUAUACCAAGAUAUCAGCAUCUACCAAUAAUCAUCACCAAACGCCUGUUACUACCAAGAAAUCAGCACCUACCAGUAAUCAUCACCAAAAGCCCGCUACUACCAAUAAUCAUCACCAAAAGCCUGUUACCAGCAAUAAUCACCAAAAGCCUGUUACUACCAAAAAAUCAGCACCUACCAGUAAUCAUCACCAAAAGCCUGUUACUACCAAGAAAUCAGCACCUACCAGUAAUCAUCACCAAAAGCCUGUUACUACCAAGAAAUCAGCACCUACCAGCAAUCAUCACCAAAAGCCUGUUACUACCAAGAAAUCAGCACCUACCAGUAAUCGUCACCAAAAGCCUGUUUCUACCAAGAAAUCAGCACCUACCAGUAAUCAUCACCAAAAGCCUGUUUCUACCAAGAAAUCAGCACCUACCAGUAAUCAUCACCAAAAGCCUGUUACUACCAGUAAUCAUCACCAAAAGAUUGUUACUACCAAGAAAUCAGUGCAUACCAGUAACUAUCACCAAAAGCCGGUUACUACUAAGAAAUCAGCGCCAACCA